AGUUUUAGUUUAAGCCACAAUUAUUGUUUUCAUAUUUAAAUUGUAGAGCAGCAGCAGCAGCAGCAGCAGCAGCAGCAGUGACAGUUGCAACACAAAGUUGAACCAAAACAAUUGAACCGCAAAGCUUGUCAAACGCACAGUUUUGUACGCACACACACAAACAAACACACACACACACACACACACAGACAGACAGAUCGAAGCGCAGGCAAAACGGGAUAAGACACGCGCCUUCAAUUACCUGUUAACGUUGCCACAGACACACGCAGCUGCGGCACACACACACACACACACACACACACACACACGCACACAUAUACAUACACAUAAAGACGGCAGCAAGCGAGACUACAUAAUGGGCAAGAAGAACUCCAAAUUGAAGCAGGACACCAUUGAUCGUCUAACAACAGAUACAUAUUUUACCGAGAAGGAAAUACGACAAUGGCACAAAGGUUUUCUCAAAGACUGUCCCAAUGGUUUGCUGACUGAACAAGGAUUCAUUAAAAUUUACAAACAAUUUUUCCCCGAUGGCGAUCCCAGUAAAUUUGCAUCCUUGGUCUUUCGUGUAUUCGAUGAGAACAAUGAUGGGGCAAUUGAAUUUGAGGAAUUCAUACGCGCGCUAUCGAUAACAUCGCGUGGCAAUCUUGAUGAGAAGCUGCACUGGGCGUUUCGUCUUUAUGAUGUGGAUAAUGAUGGCUAUAUAACACGCGAGGAGAUGUACAACAUUGUGGAUGCCAUAUAUCAAAUGGUCGGACAGCAGCCCCAAACGGAGGAUGAGAAUACGCCGCAGAAGCGUGUGGAUAAAAUAUUUGAUCAAAUGGAUAAGAAUCAUGAUGAUCGUUUGACCUUAGAAGAAUUUCGUGAGGGUAGUAAAGCUGAUCCACGUAUAGUGCAGGCGUUAAGUUUAGGUGGUGAUUAAUAUUCAAAUGCAGCAGCUGCGCUCAAUUUCAUAAAUAAUCAAGAGCCAACGAGUGUACGAAAUUGCGCACAAUUCAAAUGUUUCGAUCGGAAACAAACAGAAACAUCAAUACAAAAACAAACAAACACAUAGAUUGGUUUAAGUUUGCAAUAUGAAACACACACACACACAGACAUUUACACACAUACACAGAGACAGCUACGCUACGUAUGUAUUAUAAGCCAUUUGCCUAAUGGCAGCUUAUUUAGCCUCUAAGCCGCGGCCAAAAGCAAACAAACCCACAACAAUAACAUUAACAAAUUGAACGCAUAGUUGUGCGUAUGUAAUAAAAAUUCCAACUACAAUACACAAUUGUGAAAUUAUAAUUAUAUGAUAUACAAAUUAUAUGCGACAAAUUAUGAAACACCAAUUUAAAAACUAGAAACGCUUAACUAAAUGAGAAAAAAAUUUAACAAAAGCUGUGCGCAUGCAAAAUAUUGAUGCAAACAGCAAAGCGAAUUAUAUAA